AGUCGUUAACCGAUUCCGCUUUCUCUCGCCUCAUCUCAAUCCGCCCUGUUCUCUCUGUGACUCUCUAUUUUGUUCUCUCUGAGUAUUUGUCAGUCAGCAGAAUGAGUUAAUUACUUCUUCUCCUCGUUUGGACCGUUCGAUAUUCGAUGCGUUGUCCUGAGACAAUGACCGCAAUCCUCUUCUGCGAAUAAGACUGCGUCUACGGAGAUUGUCUGCGCUGUAUGCUCCUAUCAUCUUCCCUCGAUAUUAUCGCAAUACCUUCAAACGCUCUUCUUCUUUAUCCACUCUACUUUAUCUGAAUACACCUGAAUACCUGAGUCAACGCCAUGGAGAACGGAGAUCGAAUGUUCUGCCAUCAUUGUGGCGGGGUCUGGCUCCGGCGUUUUGAGGAUGACCUGCAGUGCCAGCAUUGCAAUUCAGAAUUUACUGAAAUAAUCGAAAUUCCUCCAGACACCGAGGAACCACCCCGCCAUGCUACCCCACCACUAGCCUCACCACGUCGAGAAAGAACAUUUCCUCCGGUUAACGCCUUUUCCAGUCAUAAUCCCUGGGCUCAUGAAGACGAAGACGAAUACGAUACUCAUGGCUUCAGUUCGAGUCCCGGGUUUGCCCACCGCGCCUACAGAUCUCCAGAUGGCCGGUUCAGCUUUUCGAGCACGACAUUCAACGGAAGUGGAGGCCUUAGUGGCGGUGGUGGCUUUGGUGGUCCCCCGCGCUCAUCUGGAUAUGGGACAGAUGAAUUCGGUGACCCCUUGAUGCCGAUGGUACGCCGGUUGGAUACAAUCUUCCAUGGACUCGCGGAUACCUAUCGCCAGCAGGGCCAGGGCCAGGUUCUAGGUCGGGAGUCGUCGAGACAGACAGAAGCUACUCCUGCGCGACCUCAGCAUAAUGAUUUUCCGGAUCCUGAAGAGCGGGCCCCUGGUGAGCCAGAUGAUUUUGGUCCUCCAAGGUUGUUCCCGAGGAAUGCAGAUGGUCCGCAGCCGAUGGCGCCGCCGUUGGGGACGUUGGGAGAUAUUCUUGAACUCUUUCAGCAAGACUUCGGUCAGGGAGGACAGCGGUCUGGGGGUGGAAGUGGAGUCCGUGUGAUGACAGGACCGAAUCCAUUGGCCAUGAUAUCGAGUCUGUUGAACUUUGACCGACACGGUGACGCAGUUUACUCACAAGAAGAGCUGGAUCGGGUAAUAUCGCAAUUGGUUGGACAGAAUGCGGGCAGCAAUGGGCCCCCACCCGCGUCUCAUAACUCCAUUCAGAAUCUACCGAAGAAGCCUGUUGACCAGGAGAUGCUGGGAAACGAUGGCAAGGCGGAAUGUUCGAUUUGUAUGGAUCCGGUGGAAUUGGGGACGGAAGUUACCGUACUCCCGUGCAAGCAUUGGUUCCACUACAACUGUAUUGAAAUGUGGUUGACCCAGCACAACACAUGUCCUCAUUGCCGACGAAGCAUUGACGCACCUGCGCAUCGUGAGAAUCCAGUGACGGUUGACAGCCCCGAAGCCUCGCGCCGUUCCAGCAGUGCCAUUCCCGGCCAAAGCGGGCGGCGCUGGUCAUCAGCUUAUGACAGCGGAGGACGACGUGCGAGUAGUGGACAGGGACAAGGGCAAGGGCAAGGGCAAGGGCAAGGACAAGGACAACCUGGUGGAGGAGGACUUGCAGAGUGGCUGAGAAGCCAUUUUGGUGGAAGUUAGGGUUUUGUUAGGGUUGGAUGGUUGCAACACCCAGUUAUUUAUUGCUUCAUAGACUGGAUGUCCAGAUUGUUAUCCUGUAUGUAUUAUGAUUGACGACAGCCGUUUUCUUUACUUCUACGAAGAGGUAUUUUUGCCA